AUGGGGUGCCUUUUCCUGAGAAUUUUUUUUUGGCAUCUCUUCAUCUUCCUUUUUGCUACUUCUUCACUCAGCCUAGAACUCACAGAAAAAUUAGCUGAAGAGCCAGAAAGCUACAGUGAUGCUGUUCCUCCGCUAUGGCAUUCUGCACCUGGAAAUUUAGAUGAAUACCCAGUAAAUGGCAACAACAUAUUAAUCAACCCGUGGAGCUACCCGCAGAGAUUAGGACUAUACAAAAUCUUGCUUAAAGCCACAUCUAACUUUUUCACUCCUCCUGGACCAAAUGAUGCUGACAGCAAUGUCCCAGGAAGAUUGCCCCAGCAGCAUGGUGUGCAAUACAUUUCGAACAAAAAUAUCCUAUGGGGACUGGCCUUACAGCAUGGCUGGCAAUACUCUACAGGCAGACUAGAAGAUCCAACCAACAUCACAAGAUGCGGCAAGAAAGAUGGAGAUAAUCUGUGCAUAUCAGAGCGCAGCUGGUGGGCGUGUAUGAAUUACUACCUAGCAAUUGUACCCUUUCUGGGAGCACUGGAAAGUGGCAUUUUUGGAGACUUGGCAGACAAGGUAGAAAUACUACCACCGGAUGAGAAAAGAGCUGACUUCUGUCACAGUGUUGCAGAAUGCAAUGCCCAGGCACCAAAAGCCAUGGCUGGCUGGAGAGAUUUCUUCAAGUAUCUCUCAUCCACUGCACUGAGCUCUGAAGUGCCUGAAGCACAAGAAGCAGCACUGAACUACAUGUGGAAAGCUCACGUUCAUAGCCUGGCUUAUGGAAGGCGAAAGUUUAAAAACCGAUUGCCAUACCUUAGUGGUCCUGAAAGCAAUUUUGGGGAGGACUGGGCGGCUACUGUUGAUUUCAUUGCAGCUACACAUUUCCAUACAGACCAGGAGACCACCAAUCGUUUGCAGACUGGCUUACCGCCAAGAAUGCUUUUGGAAGGAGAGAAAGCCCCUUUCAUUGCAGACUUCACACCUGAGCAGAAUAAAGUGCUGUUUCUACUUGGUGCUCUGAGUAGAACCAAUGAGAAAACAGGAAACCUUUUGCUGCUAAUUUGGAAGGCUGCCAUGGCUACCGAAGGAGGAAGAGAAAUUGGCCGCAAUCUUAUUGAAAGUGUGAUUUAGAGAAACUUGUCUCUGGAAACACACAGCUCAACAAAGGGGGCGGGGAUAAUUCCUUUAAUUAUCUGCUUAGUAGUGAAUCAACAUUUGCUAGUUGAAUGAAUUUCUUAGCAAUUCACCAGUCUUAGGCUUAUCUAUAUGGGAUUAAGGUUGCAACCCUAUUUACACUUACCUGGCACUUCAUUCUGAGUAGACCUAUACACAGUGACUUCUUAAAUGCCAUAAACCAGGCUUCCUCAAACUCGGCCCUCCAGAUGUUUUUGGC